GCCGCCUUUGUCCUGGCCCUGCUGCUCGCCGCGGGGCCCGGGAGCUGGGCUGCGGGCGCCGCGCGGCUGCGGAGCCUGCUGGGCGUCUGCGCGCUCAGCCUCAGCCCCCUCUUCAGCAUCGCCUGUGCCUUCUUCUUCCUCACCUGCUUCCUGACCCGGCCCCAGCGGGGCCCCGGGCCGGCCCGCGGCGGCGGCGGCUCCUGGUGGCUGCUGGCGCUGCCCGCCUGCUGCUACCUGGGUGACUUGGUGGUGUGGCCCUGGUGGUCUUCGCCGGGGGCGCGCGGGGACGAGCCCCCGGCGACGGCGGCGGCGGCGGGCAGGUUGCUCUUGGUGCUGAGCUGUGUGGGGGUGCUGUCGCUCGUGCCCCCGCUGAGGCUCCGCCGCAGCAUCCUGGUGCUGCUCUUCGCCAGCUGCGUCUGGUGGGUCGCCUUCUCCGGCCUGGGCGCGCUGCCCGCCGCCCUCCGGCCGCUGCUGGCCUGCCUGGUGGGGAGCGCCGGCUGCCUGCUCGCCCUGGCGCUGGAUCACUUCGUGCAAAUCCGGGCCGCCCCCCACCACCCUCGGCUGUCCAGCGCCGCCGAGGACAAAGUGCCUGUGAUCCGACCCCGGAGGAGGUCCAGCUGCGUGUCGCUCGGCGAGACCCCCGCCGGUUACUACGGCAGUUGCAAAGUGUUCAGGAGACCCUCGUUGCCUUGCAUUUCCCGGGAGCAGAUGAUUCUCUGGGAUUGGGACUUAAAGCAAUGGUAUAAACCUCAUUAUCAGAAUUCUGGAGGUGGAAGUGGAGUUGACCUUUCUGUGCUAAAUGAAGCUCGCACCAUGGUGUCAGACCUUCUGGUUGAUCCCACCCUCCCCCCACAAGUCAUUUCAACCCUACGGAGCAUCAGUAGCCUGAUGGGUGCUUUCUCAGGUUCCUGUAGGCCAAAGAUUAAUCCUCUCACACCAUUUCCUGGAUUUUACCCCUGCUCUGAGAUGGAAGACCCAGCUGAGAAAGGAGAUCGAAAACUUUACAAGGGCCUGAAUAGUAGGAGUAGCUUACCAGCACCACAGUUGAGGAGGAGUUCAGGAACUUCAGGUCUACCGCCUUUUGAACAGUCUUCUUCAAGAUGGGACCGUAGUAAUGGCAAAAGAUCUCAUCAAGAAUUUGGCAUUUCAAGUCAAGGAUACUAUCUAAAUGGACCCCUUAGUUCAAAUCUACUGACCAGCCCGAAGCAGAGGUCUUCUUCUGUCUCGUUCACUCACCAUCUAAGUCUGAGAAGAGCUGGUGCCUUAUCCAGUUUGAGUCCUGUGAAUUCUCCCAGCCAUGGACCAGUGUCUCCCAGUUCUCUAACUAAUAGAUCACCCAUAGAAUUUCCUGACACUGCGGAUUUUCUUACGAAGCCUGGUGUUAUUUUACACAAAUCUCUGGGCAGUGUAGUCAACACACCAGAUUCUUAUCAGCCACUUAAACAUUCUGACAGUAAUCUUUGUAACAGUUGUGGACAUCAAAUAGUGAUCUCAGCACCGGAAUCAGAGUCUGCUACAGACUGCCACAGUGGACAAUCAGGUGAAGAAAAAAAUGCCUUUUUCUCAAGAGACUCAUUCAGACUUAAAGAGACGCAACAAGAAGAGAAGACAGAAAGGAGAGACGGCAAACAAUUACUUCCAGACGUUGAUAAUCAACCAAGAGAAGAGGCACUGAGUGAACAAGCACCAAAUAGUGAACAAGAAUCAUCACUGGAUUUGAUCUUAAUAGAAGAUCAAGACUCAUUAAUAGAAAAGAUGAGCAACUGGAAUUUUCAAAUUUUUGAACUUGCAGAAAAAAUGGGAGCGAAAUCAGGACGGAUUCUGAGUCAGGUUAUGUAUACCUUGUUUCAAGACACUGGCCUGUUGGAAAUAUUUAAAAUUCCUACUCAGCAAUUCAUGAACUACUUUCACGCAUUGGAAAAUGGCUAUCGAGACAUUCCCUAUCACAAUCGAAUACAUGCCACAGACGUCUUACAUGCGGUUUGGUAUCUGACAACACGGCCAAUUCCUGGUUUUCAGCAGGCCCACAAUGAUCGUGGAUCAGGCAAUGAACCAGAUUCUGAUGGGAGAAUGAACCCCGGGCGGACUUCUUUCAUCUCAUCGAAGAGUUGUUCUGUUCCAGAUGGGAGCUAUGGCUGCCUGUCUGCAAACAUCCCUGCCCUGGAAUUGAUGGCUCUUUAUGUGGCAGCAGCUAUGCAUGAUUAUGACCACCCAGGGCGAACAAAUGCCUUCCUGGUGGCCACAAAUGCCCCUCAGGCAGUUUUAUACAACGACAGAUCUGUGCUUGAAAAUCAUCAUGCUGCCUCAGCUUGGAAUCUGUAUCUUUCUGGCCCAGAGUUCAGCUUUCUUCACAAUCUUGAUCAUGUGGAAUUCAAGCGCUUUCGUUUUUUAGUCAUUGAAGCCAUCCUUGCCACAGAUCUUAAAAAGCAUUUUGAUUUCCUUGCCGAAUUCAAUGCCAAGGCCAAUGACGUAAAUAGCAAUGGGAUAGAAUGGAGUAAUGAAAAUGAUCGCCUCUUGGUGUGCCAGCUAUGCAUCAAGCUGGCAGAUAUAAACGGCCCAGCAAAAACUCGGGACUUGCAUUUGAAGUGGACAGAAGGCAUAGUGAAUGAAUUCUAUGAGCAGGGAGAUGAAGAAGCAAGUCUUGGACUACCCAUCAGCCCCUUCAUGGAUCGUUCCUCACCUCAACUAGCAAAACUCCAAGAAUCUUUCAUCACCCACAUAGUGGGCCCCCUGUGUAACUCCUAUGAUGCUGCUGGUCUGCUCCCUGGACAGUGGAUUGAAGCAGAGGAGGACGAGGACACAGAAAGUGAUGAUGAGGAAGAAGAUGGUGAAGAAUUAGAUACAGAGGAUGAAGAAAUGGAAGACCGUCUAAAUCCUAAACCACAAAGAAGGAAAGGCAGACGGCGAGUGUUUUGCCAACUAAUGCACCACCUCACUGAAAACCAUAAGAUAUGGAAGGACAUCAUAGAGGAAGAAGAAAAAUGUAAAGCUGAUGGGAACAAACUGCAGGUGGACAAUUCUCCCUUACCUCAAGCAGAUGAAAUUCAGGUCAUUGAAGAAGCCGAUGAAGAGGAAGAGCGACAGUGUGAAUAAGCAAAGGCACAGUGAAGAAGCCCCCUGCCCCAGGCUGAGCCAGGUGUCCCAAAUCACGGCCUCAUGUUCACUGUGCAGACGUCGAAUGGACUCAUUCCUGUGUGGACAUGCCUUAAUACUGUGAGAGGAUCCCUGCUGUGCUGGCAGUUUCCCACUCCAAUGCACUUUCACCACCUGGACUAGAGAAUUGUUCUUAGAGCUUGGCCUGAGUUGACCCGUGUUCCAGAGCCUUUAAUGCCUUCUCUGGGUGAUUCAUAGUGCUGCUUUGUUGAAUAGCAAGCUCUUAUUUUUCAUGAGCUGGUGGCACACGGCUAAGGACUCAGCUGCUAACCGAAAGGUCAGCAGUUCAGCGGGGAAAGACAUGGCAGUCUUGUCUGUUCCAGGAAUGUUGGCCUUGGAAACCACCUGGGGCAGUACUACUCUGCCCUCUAGCGUUGCCCUGAGUUGGAAUCAAUUCAAUGGCAAUGGGUUGUGUUAGCUUUUUAGUUUUCAUGAAGGGUAGCUAUAACGCCAACGAACUCAAGUGUCUUACUUCCACCUCCAAGGUGGCCAGAACACUCUGUUGUCACGAAAACAGGAUUCAUCGGAUGUCCAACUGUGUCUUACACCUUGGAAUGUUUUUUAAAAGUCCACUGUGCCUAUCUAAAAAGGAACCAGUGCUGCCUUCCUGAGGGAUCUCGGCUCCAUGCAUCGCUCUCUCAAGCUAGAUUGAUUCACGAAGACUGAGUGCCCUUUGUUUUUAACAAAACCCAGGUGCAUCAAUUUCUGAUGCUUUUACUUGCUGUGUAUGGGCUAUCGUGUGUUUCAUUUCCACUCACUGUAUUCAGGUUUGCCGUGGCCAUCCGAAGUUGGAAUUCCAGUCUCGUGGACUUUAUGUUCAAUGGUAGAAUUUUAAAGCUGUUUAGGUUCCACAGUGAAGGGGUUGUGUUCUUUAAUCCAAACUAUUCUUGUUUUUACUUCUCAGGAUUAGUAACUUUAAGCAUUUAGUUAAACGCAGUACAGAUUUGUUAGGGGAAAACAAGUUCUAAUGUUGGUGUUAAUCUCUCGUGAAACGUCAUUUUCUCUCUUCUUAGAUAAGACUAAUUAAGCCGAGGAUAAAGGAGGUUUCUGCCUUUGGCAAUAAGGAAGAACUGGAUGAAAGUAAGCCUAUCAAAGAUCAAGAACAAAAGACAGAGUAAGCUUUACAGCCCAUGUCCACUCAGUAAAUUAGUGCAUGUGGCUGUCUGUAGAUCCCUAUCGUAGGUGCCACGUGUGGAGUGAUUGUAAAACUGACAUCCACCUUUCUGUUCAUUUCCAUCUGCCUCCGACGUUCUCACAGAAACGACUCCCUGACUACUCAGUCCUUCUAAAGCCCAACCGCAAGUCUCGUUUCUGGAUCAAUAGGGAACUUCCUUAAUUUUUACACAGUAAAUCUAAGUAUUUCAGUAAAUCAUUUCACACAAAAGAACAUAACUAGAUAACCACAUGAUUAAGGUGAUUGCAAAGAAAAUGGACCAUAUUUACAAUGUGUGUAAAUUUGUCAGGGUGUGGAUAUAUCCUUUACUUAUGAAAGACAUUUGACAAUAGAAUGAACUGCCAAAAUAAUAGCAAGAUGUUAGGCUAGGGUAUUUUCCCUUGUUCAUGGAGACCAUAUCAGAGUAUAAACUAUUUUGGGAUUCAUUGUGGUUUUUAUAUACAGUGAAGCUAUUAAUUUUCCAAGGUAAUUUUUUAAAAGUUUAAAACAGGCAAUAUCCUACCUACAUAGAAGGUUUGGCUUGUCUGAGAGCUAGCAAUUAAAGAACUUGGGAAGUGUUGUAAUUUUGAUCCUACACGGUAUCAUAUUUAAUGAAUCACUAAACUUUAUUUAUUAGACACAUGAAGUGUUGCAUUCCUUCCUGACACUUUAACUACCAUUGCCAUAUCCUUUGUAAACUGAUCCUACCAUAUAUUCCUGAGUAAUAAAAUUUUAAUUGAGAAUUUAA